AUGGAGAAACUUGAAUGUAAAAAUUCUUUAGAAUUGGCUGAGAAAUUGGGUUCUCGAGUUCGCGUUUUCUUGGAUGGGUAUAAUGGGUGGAGGGUUGCCCCAAUGAAGACUUUAAAAAAUAGUUUUGCUUUGAAUCAAAUUGAUAGUGACAUUGAAAAAAGGAAUCGAAUACAUAGAUGCCCAGUUAAUAUUGAAACAAAAAAUGAACCAAAAAUCUUUAAAGACACCAAUAACAACAAUUUUGGCAACAAAAUUAAUAAUAAUAAUAUAUUUUCAAAUUCGGAUUGGUUGGGGACUUACUCAAAUUCGGCAGCAUUCCCAAGAAAAGUUAAUUUGAAAAAACGGGUGAGGUUUGCCGUCGUUCCUUGCACUGAGGAUAUUUCGAUUUUAUGUGAAAGAAUGAAAAGAUUGACAAUAACUAAGGAAUUGAUGAAUUUUUAUGGGGAUAAUAAUAUUGAGGAAUAA